AUGAGCGGCGGCCGGCAGCAAACGCUGCUCCAGGUCUGGCAGGCGCCCGGCAGCGGGGCCGAGCGCAGGGACACGGGCAGGGACACGGGCCGGGACAGCGAUGAUGACCUGCUGCUGGCAGCCGCGGCCGCGGCAGACCCCGGCCCGGUGCAGGGCUUCAGCGAGACGGCGGGAUCCAUCUGGAUCUACCCCACCAACCUGCCCGUGCGCCCGUACCAGGAGCGCAUGGCCGGCGCCGCGCUGCUCGCCAACACCCUGGUGUGCCUGCCCACGGGGCUGGGCAAAACUUUCGUGGCCGCCGUGGUCAUGUACAACUUCUACCGCUGGUUUCCCUCGGGGAAGGUGCUGUUCCUCGCCCCCACCAAGCCGCUGGUGGCCCAGCAGAUGGAGGCGUGCGGCCGGGUCAUGGGCAUCCCGUGGCGGGACAUGGCGGAGAUGACAGGUACGGCUUCACCCGCACGCUGCCAGGUUGGGUGCCUUUUUCCUGCAAUUUUGUCUAACCCCUGCUGAAAUAUGUAAAUAGUUACUUUGUUUUUGUGGCUUCUCUCCCAGGCUGUGCAACAAGUUAUCUCCAACUUGCUGAUUGCUCAGAUCGAGAUGUGUGCUGAAGAUUCUCCAGAAAUCCAGCCUUAUUCUCACGAGAGACAAGUGGAAAAAAUUGUAGUUCCACUUGGGGAAGAACUGGUAGAAAUUCAGAACACUUACAUCAAGGUGCUGGAAGCUUUUGCUGGACGCCUGAUUAAGGUGGGAGUUUUAUCCAGGAGGGAUAUUCCAAACCUGACCAAGUACCAGAUCAUCCUGGCAAGGGAUCAGUACAGGAAGAAUCCCUCUGCACAACAUGCUGGAAUCCAUCAAGGCAUCAUAGAAGGAGACUUUGCCCUUUGCAUCAGUCUGUACCACGGCUACGAGCUGCUGCUGCAGAUGGGAAUCCGCUCCUUGUUCAUCUACCUGUGGGGAAUCAUGGAUGGAUCCAAAGGUUUAUCCCGCACCAAAAACGAGCUGGGUCGCAAUGAGGACUUCAUGAAACUCUACCUGCAGCUCCAGGACAUGUUCUCACACACUGCUGUGACUCCUGAGAAUGGAGGUGUUUGCAAGAGCACGACAGCGUUGGAUAAGAAAAAGGAGUUUGUCUACAGCCAUCCAAAAUUAAAGAAAUUGGAGGAAAUUGUAGUAGAACACUUCAAAUCCUGGAAAGAGAGAUGUUCUGCAGGUGCAGACAGGAGUGGCAGCUCAGCUGGGGACACGAGGGUGAUGAUCUUCUCCUCGUUCCGGGACAGCGUGCAGGAAAUCGCCGAGAUGCUGGCGCGGCUCAGCCCGGCCGUGCGCGCCAUGACCUUCGUGGGACACUCCUCAGGAAAGGCCACCAAAGGCUUCACCCAGAAGGAGCAGCUGGAGGUGGUGAGGAGGUUCCGGGAGGGUGGCUACAACACUCUGGUGUCCACGUGCGUGGGCGAGGAGGGGCUGGACAUCGGCGAGGUGGAUCUGAUCGUGUGCUUCGACGCCCAGCGCAGCCCCGUGCGCCUGGUGCAGCGCAUGGGCCGCACCGGCCGCCGGCGCCACGGCCGCAUCGUGCUCAUCCUGGCCCAGGGCCGUGAGGAGAGGACCUACAACCAAAGCCAGUGUAACAAAAGGAGCAUCAACAAAGCCAUUUCAGGGAACAAAACCCUUCGUUUCUACCAGCACAGCCCACGGAUGGUUCCAGAAGGCAUCAAUCCCAAAGUGCAUAAAAUGUUUAUCACUGCUGAAAAACAUGAGCCAGGCAGCUCGGGGAUGCUUUCCAAAGGGAGGAGAUGCAGUUCCCUGCAGCACAAAUCUGUUCUCCCUGCCUGUGUCACUGGCCACUCCCACGAGAGCUGGUCCUUGUCACCUGAGGAGUUUGAAAUAUGGGACAGACUCUACAGGAUUAAGGAAAGUGAUGGGAUAAAGGAACCAGUAUUGCCUCGAGUUCAGUUUGAAACCUUAGAGAACCUGGAAGAAACACCAUUUGCCCUGCAGAGGCCCCAGGAGGGGGCAGUUCGGGAGCUCUCCUUGUCUGAGUGGAGCAUUUGGCAGAAUCAGCCCCUGCCCACAUCCCUGGUGGAUCACUCGGAUCGUUGUCACCUCUUCAUCGGUGCCAUGCAAAUGAUGGAGCUGAUGAGGCACCAGCAGGGAGACUGCAGCUAUGAGCAGGAGCUCCAGCCUCACCUCUGCAUGGAAGAUGUGAAUAUUGCAGGGAACAAAAGGCAUCUGCCCAUGGCCAACCCCCGCUGGAGGCAGAGAGCUCGGAAAGACCUGGCAAAAACAAAACCAGAACCAUUCCCACCUGAAUCGGGGGAUAAUGGGAGCGAGUUCUUCAGCACCUUUAAAAUCACCAAACCCAGGGCUGCCAAAAGGGCUCCUGGGCUCAGUGAGGAAGUGCCUGAGUUGCCCCAGGAUCCUUCAGCCUCUUCCUCAGGAGCAAGGCUUGGACACUCCGACCUGGGCAGUGACAAGGACGAGGGGCUGGAGGUGACAUUUGAUUUAAAUGCCUUUAUUGACCUGUGUGACAACAGUGACAGCCCUGCAAGCCCUGCCAGCCCAGCAGCACAGGAAACCAGCCCUGCAGGUAAAUCCCGUGGGAGAAUCCACGGGGAUUCAGGGUAUGAGACAUCCCCCGUGGCCUCGGAGCUGUUUUAUCUCCCCGAAUCCUGCAGGGAUUCCUUCACACUCCUGGCACCACCCCAGGAGCCCCCGGGGCUGGAACAAACAUUUUCCCAGGUGCAAAGGCUUCUGUCACAGUCCCCUCCCUCUGGGGAUGAGCUGCAGGCUUUGGAGAGCACCUUGAGAGAUGAAGGGACAAGAUCCCCUUCCCCAAAAGUUCUCCCCGAUGGUCCCUCAGAGGCACUGAAGGACAGCAUCUCCCCUGCGUCCCCAAAACCUGAUCCUUCACUGCUGCUGCUGGAAAACCCCAAAGUGACAGUUCCCAGGGAAUCCUGUGCCUCAAGAAGCCCCUGUUUGUCCAAAGCUGUGUCACCUGCCAAGGCCGCUGCUGUUGAAGAGGAGCAGCUCUGGAAUGACAGCUUGGAUGGCCUGUUUGACAGUGAGGAAUUCCCUGAAAUCCCAAACAACUCUCCCAGCAUGGGCCACCCCCUGACAAAGGAGCCUUUCACCCCCAGGGACACAGGAGAGGCUGCCCUCGAGGUUCCUGCUGAGGAGCAGAGUCUCCAUUUGUUUGAGGAUGAGGAUGGUGGGGACAUGGACCCUGAGCCUCCAGCUGGGACAGAGGCAGAGCCAGGCAGGGAAUUGCUCUGUGUGAGCCCCAGGCAGGCCUGCAGGGAGCAGCCCUGGAGCAGGGAAUCCAUGGGAACAUCGGGAGUGGAUGAUCCCCACGACUUCUGCCAGGAUCUGUUCUCUGUGACCUUCGACCUGGGCUUCUCCAUCGAGGACAGCGAGGAUGAAAGCUCUGAGCACACCAGCAAUGCUGAAAACCCCAAACUGAACGGGGCCCUGGGGAGUGCCCCAGGGGCUGAAUCCACUGAGAGUGCCAAAAUAUCCCUGGGGGAUGGCUCCAGGCUGGAAACCUCACCAGGAUGGGGCUGCAGAAGGCUCAAGGGAAGGGACAAGUCCACACGAUUGUCACUGCAGGGCAGGAAUGGCAGGGAAGGGACCAAGGGUGCUCCUGCUGCAGGGCCUGUCCUCAGUUCAGGGGGCAGCAGAGCAGGAGGGGAACCCCCUGAACCUUUGCCUUCUGCACUUCUGACCCCAACAAGCAGCAAGGGUGUGAACAGCAAAGGUGUCAAAAGAAUUCCUAUGAAAAUCUUCUCCAAUGCCAGGGAGCAAAUUCCAAAAGUGCCUCCUGUAGAUGAAGUCAAAGGAAGCCCUUGGAGGCAGAACUUUGGGAGAUCAGCCAUGGAUUGUCCUUCAGCAAGGACAGGAAGCCUGGAGGACACCAAACCCCGGGGGUCUCCUGCUGCAGGAUCCAGCAGUGACAGCGAGGAAGAGAUCGUUUUCCAGAGAAAAAAGAGGAUAAAAAAGAAUGUUUUGAAAUCUCCUGAUGGGAUGGAUGAGAGUGACCUGGAGUGUCCAGCUCGGGUCACCAGGAAACGCCAGCGCCCUCUCAACGUGGUCAGCACUGAAAUGGGACAGAAAUCCUGGAAACCCAGUCCUGCUUCCCUUCACUUCCUCCCCAGGGUCUCCACACAUCACAGGAUCCCACAGUGGUUUGGGAACAGCUCCAGGGCCAGGCCCCAGCCAGGAGGAGCCAAACGACUCAGGAGCACCAGCACAGCCCAGGCUCUGGGCAGGCAGUUCCUGGACGAGGAGGCCGAGCUGUCCCAGCUCGGGGCCGAGGGGAUCUCGUCAGACGAGAGCGACGGCGCCGGGGACGAGCUGAGCCCAUCCCUGGCCGAGUUCCUCAACGAUGAGGGGGAGCCCACACAGGCCCUGAACGACACUGAGAUGAGGGGAGUUUACCUGAGCUCCGUGCGCAGCCCCGCCCUGGGCAGCAGAUUCAGGAUGGUCCAUCACGACUUCAACCCCUCGGCCAUUUUCUCCCAGAUUCCCGAGCAAGACCCAGCUUAUGCUGAGGACAGUUUCUGUGUGGGAGAUGAGGAGGAGGAGGCUCAGAGUGGCUGCAGUGAGGAGGAAGAGUGUGUGAAUUUUGAUCUGCUCAUCGAGGGCUCCAGCAGGAGCCGGUACCUGACCCGGCGCAGGAAGAGGCUGGAGCAGGCCAGGCUGGCAGGGAACGCCCCUGCCCCAGGGGACAGGAAAAAACCAUCCAGAAUUAUUGUCCUGAGUGACUCCAGCGAGGAGGAGACAGCAGCCAGCAGGGAGAAGGUGUGUAGCUCUUUGAAGAAGACCCACGGGAGCAGCUCAGGCUCGGCGUGUCCUGCUGUCCCAAACCCUUCCUCAGCCCCAGCUGGGAAUUCCCGAGUUCCUGGGGAGCAGAGCUCCUCCCUGGCUGGGAAUUCCCGAGUUCCUGGAGAGCAGAGCUCCUCCCUGGCUGGGAAUUCCCGAGUUCCUGGAGAGCAGAGCUCCUCCCUGGCUGGGAAUUCCCGAGUUCCUGGGGAGCAGAGCUCCUCCCUGGCUGGGAAUUCCCGAGUUCCUGGGACUCAUGGGACUCAGAGCCCCUCCCUGUGCAUCCUGGCGGACAGCCGGGAGAUCAGCUCGGGGCUGGAGGUGAUUUCGAGCCUGCGGGCCGUGCACGGGCUCCGGGUGCAGAUUUGUCCCCUGGGCAGCAGCGAUUACAUCGUCAGCAACCGCCUGGCCGUGGACAGACUGCUCCAGUCCGAGCUGCAGAGCCCCGGCAACAGGAACAAACUGAGCCAGAGGCUGCAGCGCCUGCAGGGCAUCUUCGAGAGGAUCUGUGUCAUUGUGGAGACUGACAGGGUCAGGCCAGGAGAAACUUCCCGGUUUUUCCAGAGGACUCAGUAUUACGAUGGAGUGCUCUCAGCCUUGGUCCAGGCUGGAAUCAAGAUCCUCUUCAGCUCCUGCCAGGAGGAAACUGCAGCUUUGCUGAAGGAUCUGGCUCUGCUGGAGCACAGGAAGGACGCUGCCAUCCAGGUGCCCACGGAGCCCGAGGGGCACGGGCGGGACAUCCUCAACUUCUACCUGAGCAUUCCCAACCUCAGCUACGGAGCUGCCCUCAACCUCUGCCACUCCUUCGGCUCCAUCACAGCCGUGGCCAACAGCUCGGUGCCGGCGCUGGCGGCGGGGGCUCGGCUGAGCCGCUCCCAGGCCGAGGAGCUCCAGCGGUUCCUGCGCCACGACUUCGACCUCCAGCUGCUGCCUCAGCCCCUGCCCGCCAAGGGCAAGAGCUGAGCCCGGCACUGCGGGCCCUGCACUGCACUUUACCCGCUCGGGACUGGCUGUAAAUUAUGGAAAUAAACACUUGUCAAACCUCA